AUGAAAAUAAGCCAUGCGAACCUGCUGUAUCAGUUGUUCCUCGUCCCCUGCCUUCCGUUACAUACAAGGCGGGUCAAGGUGCGCAUUCUGCCUGGCCAUACAUACAUACCCAAGGCCCGGGCGCGCCAUCCGCCCAAGCCUUCCCUUCCCGGCGGUUCAUUCGGCUCUAGCCCGAAUCCCCACUGCGACCCUGACUGGGGAUUCGUCAUCCGCCUCCCACCCACGGCGGCGGAUAUAACCGUCCCAUUGGCGAACACCUGGACAAGGUGGCACCCUCGGAAACCACCAAGGCCGAAUCCAUGUUCUCCGGCAGGCCGUGUGUCCAACGGCAGCUUGCAGUUUUCUAAAUCGGCCACCAUCUGGCUUCCUGUACAGUCCACCAGCUCGGCGCAAGCCCUCGAAUCGGCCAAGGGCCAUUACAAUCAUCAUGUUAGAGCUGCAACGUAA